AGAAAAUUAAAAAAAAAAAAAGUUUGCCCGAAGCGAAUCCACCGAAUCCUGUCCCGUCGACUGUUCGAUCAUUCAAAACAAUCAUAAGUGGCGUUGGAGCCAAUCCCCAUAUGAUUGAUUGAUCGGAAGAUCGGAGAUGGCGGAGGAGUCGUCGUGAUAUAUGGGCGGUUUCUGUCGGGAUUGAGCGAUGAAAGGCGUCUCAUCGGCGCCCGGAGAUUAUGUCCACUUCAAGUCUCAGGUCCCUCUUCACAAGAUCCCCAUUGGGACUAAACAAUGGAGAUAUUACGACUUUGGUCCAAAAGCGGUGCCACCACUUAUUUGUCUUCCUGGGACUGCAGGAACAGCAGAUGUCUAUUACAAACAGGUCAUGUCGUUGUCAAUGAAGGGUUACCGGGUGAUCUCUGUUGACAUUCCUCGUGUGUGGAAUCAUCACGAGUGGAUCCAAGCUUUUGAGAAAUUUUUGGAUGCUAUCGAUGUUCAUCAUAUACAUCUUUAUGGAACAUCUCUUGGGGGAUUUCUGGCUCAAAUUUUUGCUCAGCAUCGUCCAAGACGGGUCAGAUCAUUGAUAUUAUCUAAUACUUUUCUGGAAACACAAAGUUUUGCAGCAGCAAUGCCUUGGGCUCCCAUUGUUAGUUGGACCCCAUCUUUUUUGCUGAAACGGUACGUGUUGACAGGAAUUCGUGACGGCCCUCACGAACCAUUUAUUGCUGAUUCUGUCGACUUUGUUGUAGCUCAGGUUGAGACACUAUCAAGGGAAGACUUGGCCGCUAGAUUAACUUUGACAGCUGAUGCUGCUUCAAUUGGACCUCUUCUGCUAUCAGAUUCAUUCAUCACUAUUAUGGAUACGAAUGACUACUGUGCAAUUCCUCAACCCCUUAAAGAUCAGCUGAGUGAAAGGUAUCCAGAAGCAAGACGGGCCCAUCUGAAAACAGGAGGGGACUUUCCAUUCCUUUCUCGCCCAGAUGAAGUUAAUCUCCAUCUUCAGCUACACUUAAGGCGUGUUGGGGUAGAGGCCCGACCUGAACUGGUCCGAGGUGCCAACCUUGUAACAGCUGUGAGUCCUAGGAAUAACCUGAGAGAAGCCACUGAAGAUACCGCAAAGGAUGAUCAAGAAAGACCGGUAAGAACGACUGAUAAUGUUAGGGAGGGUGAAGCUUCUGAAGGUCAGAGAAAUGAGGGUGGGGAAAUCUCCCUGAAUGUUGGAGACAAGAAUGAUGCAAGUGAAGAUCUAGAUGAUCUGUUCGAGGAUGGUGGGCAGAGGUCUGUUGCUACAGAUCCAGGAGCAACUGAAACCCAUCAUUCAGAAGAGAAGCGAGUCAAUCCCGAUCAAGAGCAGAAACAAACCAAACCUGAGUUACUAGAGAUGCUGUAGGCGAUCCUGCUGCCCUCCAAUGCCUUUGGGUAUAUUCUUGCCAUUCAUUUCAGUUGGGUCGGUCAUAACCAUGAUCAUCAUAGGUCCCACUUUAUUGUGAUUGAAUCAGUAUUCAUCAAACAUUGUGUUUGAGCCAGUCGAGAGGAAUCUUUCUACGCCUGUGUUGUCAAGAAUCACCUGUGCUCUUCGUGUGUGACACUAGCUCAGGUCCAUCCUGAAACAUGGUGACCUUUCACUGUCGGGGGGAGUUAAUGUCUUGUACAAGUUAUUCGCGUGAGCUGGAUGGAUGAGGUGCUUUAUAUGGCUAAUGAUACACAUCAGAGCUCGUGCAAAUUUUCCCCGGGUAUGAUGUGUUUGGUUCUUUUGCUAGUUUGGCAUUUAUUCACAGUUGUACUAUUCGUGGAACUGUUUCUUUGAUCGUGUAGAAUGAAACACCGUGGGACAAUUGUUAUUGUUGUUUUUUGUUUGUAUGAGUCGUAUGAGCGGAAUCAAGCAGUAUCCGCUGGAAGCUUCUUGUC